UCCAAGAAGUGUAUUUGUGACAUUUGAUAAGUGAAAAGAAUAUUAUUGACUUGAACAAAUCUUUUUUUUUUUAGAUUUCCCACAAUCUAAUCUAAUGUUCGUCUUUUAAUUGGCGUUCAAAGCAUGAAAUGGUUGUCUUGAUGUUAUUAAAAAGUCGAACCGUCUUUAGGUACUUUUGAUGAAAUUUUGUGUCUAUGUGUUUUGUGUGCAGUUGUAAUUCCGAGCAAUAAUCGAUAGUAAUUAAGUGCAAAAAUGCAAGAAGUGUGCAGUUCGUUAGACACAAGCCAAUUGGGAUCGCAAAUAAAAUCCGAGUCACAAAUAAACGCAUUACAACAGCAAGCCAUGCAAACCAAAUUAGUGAAUAACUGUGAUAAGCGUUUAGAUGCAACGGCUUAUUGGAUGAAUGCAAUGCCAAACAAUGGAAACAAUGGCAACAACGGAAAUGGACCGACAAAUGUGUCGCCGACUGAAAGCGGAUUCAUUAAUUCGCAACCAUCGAUGGCCGAAUUUAUGACACAUCUUGAUCCGGAUAGUCCGAAAAUGAUUGGCAAUCAAGGUUACAAUGCGAUGCAAGGCGAUCAAUGCGAUAAUGUGCCGGAAUAUCCGUGGAUGAAGGAAAAGAAAACAGCUAGAAAGGGCAGUCAACAAGCUGAAUUCGUCGCUGAGAAUGGAUUGCCACGUCGGUUACGUACCGCAUAUACAAACGUUCAAUUACUGGAAUUGGAAAAGGAAUUUCAUUAUAAUAAAUAUUUAUGUCGACCGCGAAGAAUUGAAAUUGCAGCAAGCUUAGAGCUUACCGAACGACAGGUGAAAGUAUGGUUUCAAAACCGGCGCAUGAAGCAUAAACGACAAACAUUGUCCAAAACCGACGAAGAAGAUAACAAAGAUAGUCUGAAAGGUGACGAUGAUAGUCAACCAUGCAAAGAUGCUCUAACUCCAGAUUCAAGCUCGAAAAAAUCAUGCCAAGGAUGCGAACUACCAUCACACGAUAUUCCCGAUUCGACAUCGAAUUCACGUGGUCACAACAAUAACACACCAAGUGCCACCAAUAAUAAUAAAAGCCUCGGUAACGUUACACCCAACUCCUCGUUGGACACGCCGAUUUCGAGCAAUAACAACAGUGGAAGCAAUCAUAUUAAGGGCAGCACCAUUAUAAGUGCUGAUUCAAGCGUUGCAUCAAGCAUUAGCCUUGACGAGGACGACGAAAGUCCAACUAAAGUUAAGAAAAAGGAUGAACACCAUCCGCUGAAGAAGGAAAUAUCGAUGGGAAAUGCGAAAAAUCCAUUCUACAAUAAUUUCGAGAUGCAGCAACAACAACGUCGUGAUUUAUCGUCCGAGCAAUUUUCAAUGCCAUCAAAUUUAGCAAAUGUGCAAGCGACUCCAUCGCCGCCGGUGCCGAACAAUAGUGCCAUUCAUAACAGCAAUUAUGGUCCAGCUCAAUUGUUAAUGAAGCAAAAUCAAAACAAUCCAAAAAAUCGAUUCGCCAACGCAAAUGCGGCAACGGAAACCUACUAUGGCAGUGGUUAUUUUGGAAAACAAUCAAAUCCAUCAAUUGAUUACUAUGGUAAAUAUGAGGUUGAAUUUGCGGCUCAUCAACAAAAAGGUGUGUUGCCUAAUCAAAUACCAGCGUUUAAUCAACAAUCAAAGGCAGAUUUCGGCGAUACAAAGCCACCAGUCGAUUUUCAUCAUAUUAAAGGUGAAAUUCAUCAUGGCAUUAAACCCGAAUUUGGGCAACAACAGCAUCACAAAAAUAUUGAAUUCCAUCACGGAAAAGCACCAAACUUCCAUUUGAAUCAUCAAAACUUGUACAAUCACCAUGGACCGCACGGUGGUGCAAAUGUUGAUGGAGCACAUCAGAUACCAGUGCAAUACAAUGCAAAUCAAUACUUUCCGAAUGAAUAUGGAGGUGCAAACGAAUUAGAUGGACCGGCUGCAUAUUAUGAACAAAAAGCGGCAUCGGCUCAACAAAGCUACUAUGAAAACAUGUACAAUACAACGAGCGGCAAUAGCGCCGGAGAAUUUCAUAAUAAUACUACUGCUGCAUAUGGAACGCCAUCUAACGGACAAUUGCCGAAUGAACAUUGCGAUGGCUUUUUGUAUCCGCAAUACUUUGAUGGAAAUCAUCACGAUGCAAAUGUUUCGAUGCAAUCAGCUCAAGCCCAACAACAUAAUCACAUUGCACAGGGCCCACCACAUCAAAAUCAACAUUAUAAUCAUGUCGGUGCCGGUCCACAUUAUCAUGUGUCACAACACAUCAAUGGUAACCAACAUAUUUCUGCAUCGCCCAUGGACAAUUCAAACAGUUCAUCUGAUUUUAAUUUCUUGAGCAACAUUGCCAACGACUUUGCUCCGGAAUAUUAUCAAUUAAGUUAGUUAGAAAUGAACUUUCGAAUGAAUCAAUUUUAAAAAAAUUGACGAAUAAAAUAGUGGCUUGGAUGGAUGCGAAGGUUUAUUUACAUUCAAAAAAAAAUCGAGUGUCAAUUUCUCGCUGAGUUGUCAUCAAAUGGCAGACAUUUUCAAAUAUAAUGCUCACAUAAUUUUAGUUGCUAGCAAAUGGAACUUGUACAUAAAUUGAAUAUUUUAACUAAAAAUCUUUGUCCGAUACGAAUGGGAUUGUUUAGUCGUUGAAAGUCUUAAUAAUAAUUGCCGAAAAUUUACAUACAUUUGCUGGUUUUUUUGUCGGUUUCAUGACGAAAAAAUUCCCAGUACAGAUUUCAAAAAAAAAAAAUAAAAAAAAAACAAGUUUACCUUCUAAACUUACGAUCGACGCAAUUCACUUUGUGUCGCGCUAUAAAUAGAUUAUCAUUAAAUUUAGCUUCAUUUCUUGGCUUUUAUCAGCAUAAUAAGUUAAUAAUUAAAUGUAAUCACUACUUAAUACAACAAUUUAUAUCAACUCUUAUGAUAUACGUAACUUUGUGUAUAUUUGAUAAUAUGGUUUAUGGAGAAAACAAAAAAAAAUCGUAUGAAAUGUAAUAUGGUAUUCUCGAAAUUUUAUAGAAAAUCAUUUGGAAUUUUUUAAUUAAAGCUAGUUUCAGCUGUUAUUGUGUCUUUUUUAUGUUUACAUUGUUAGUGAUUUCAUGUUAAAAUACAAAACAAUUCUGUUAAGUUAUAAGGUGUAAAUGUAAGGAGUCUCACAUGCUGUCGCAAAUUCAAUUGAAGUAUGUGGUGCGCAUGGAUGUUUAAUGAAAAUCAAAAGAGUCUGUUGUCUAGUUGUCGAACGCCAUACAAUUGCCACCAUUUAUGAAGCAUGAGAAUGCACAUCACAUUAUUCAUUUGAAUUUGACUUAAACGAUCAAUACGUAAUAUUUGAUAUAAAUAAGGUAUCACACCGGUAGUGCGUACUACCAAAAUAAUGUUAAAACGAUGUAUUUUUCGCAUUCGAAAAAUAAACGCUAUACAUCGUUAAA